AUUGGCACGGAUAUCCAAGAUAACAAGUGCAGCUGGCUGGUGGUUCAAGCGCUCGCGCGUGCGUCGGACGCCCAACGCGCCACCCUCAAGGAGCACUACGGCAAGAACGACGCCAGCUCCAUCCAACUGGUCAAGGACUUGUAUGUGGCGCUCGACUUGGAGGGCGUGUACCGCGCGUACGAGAACGACAGCUACGACACGCUGUGCAAGCUCAUUGGCGGCGUCACCAACAUGCCCACGACCGUGUACCACAUGCUCCUCAGCAAGAUUUACAAGCGCACCAUGUAA